AUGGAGAGAACAGCAACAACAUCAAGCAACGGGCAGGACUAUAAGCGGGGAGUGCUACAGCUACUCUCAGUGACAGACUGCGGGUUCCACAAGUUGCCUCACUUCUCUCCAAGCGUGGGCGUGGCGACUGUGAGCGUGGCUCCAAUAUCCAAGAACAACGCCACGCAGCGCGCGGGACGCGCGGGCAGGACUGCACGAGGGAAGUGUUACAGUCAAGUGACCGAGACAAGAGACCGACAUAAGACACCGCUACAUUUAGUGACAGACUGCGGGUUCCACAAGUUGCCUCACUUCUCUCCAAGCGUGGGCGUGGCGACUGUGAGCGUGGCUCCAAUAGCCAAGAACAACGCCACGCAGCGCGCGGGACGCGCGGGCAGGACUGCACGAGGGAAGUGUUACAGGUUAUACACAGAAGAGGAAUACGACAAGUUACCGCCGUGCGUGCCGCCAGAAAUAUCCAGAAGCGACCUAUCCUCUGUCCUGUUGCAGCUGAAAGCUUUGGGCAUCCAUAAUUUACUGCGGUUCACAUUCCCCACGCCUCCACCAGCCAAGAGUCUUCUCUCUGGUCUCGAAACGUUAUACGCUUUGAAGGCCAUAGACAAGCAUGGGGAUUUGACUCCAGAUACUGGAGUGCUUAUGGCCGAGUUGCCUUUGAGUCCGAUGUGUGCGAAGAUGCUUUGUAACAGUGGCGAAUUCGGGUGCAUAGACGAGGCAUUAUCCAUAGCGGCCAUGCUGCAGGUAGACAGUGCGUUUGCUAAAGGAGGUACUGGCAAAGAGAAUAUCGCGGCCAGAAUGGCGAGAAGGAACAAUUUCGAGGUAGCAGAAGGCGACAUAAUUAUGUACUUGAAUGUGUACGACGCGUUCGUGAAAGUGAGAGACGCGCAGCCGGACGAAAAGCGAGCCAGAAAGGCGUGCAAAGACUGGUGCAGGAAGAUGUAUGUCAAUUACAGGGUUAUGGAAAAGGCUUGUGAGAUCCGAUGCAGCUUAGAGAAACUAGUCAAAAAUAAGUUUAAACUGCAGAACAAAACUUUCGAACAACCAGACUUAGGAUUAGAUAAAACCAUUCGCGUGAUGAAGUGCGUUCUGUCAGGCCUGUUCCCUCAAGCGGCCUACCUCAGCACGACCGGCGAGUAUCGCGGCCUCAGAGGCGCCACGCUACACAUCAGCCCCGACAGCUGUCUCUACCACACACAACAGCCCAAGUGCCUGUCAGGCUCCCGCAAGCGGCCUACCUCAGCACAACGGGAGAGUAUCGCGGCCUCAGAGGCGCCACGCUACACAUCAGCCCCGACAGCUGUCUCUACCACACACAACAGCCCAAGUGGUGAGUCACAGUCACUAACACUCGAGUGUAGCCUGUCAGGCUCCCGCAAGCGGCCUACCUCAGCACAACGGGAGAGUAUCGCGGCCUCAGAGGCGCCACGCUACACAUCAGCCCCGACAGCUGUCUCUACCACACACAACAGCCCAAGUGGUGAGUCACAGUCACUAACACUCGAGUGUAGCCUGUCAGGCUCCCGCAAGCGGCCUACCUCAGCACAACGGGAGAGUAUCGCGGCCUCAGAGGCGCCACGCUACACAUCAGCCCCGACAGCUGUCUCUACCACACACAACAGCCCAAGUGGUGAGUCACAGUCACUAACACUCGAGUGUAGCCUGUCAGGCUCCCGCAAGCGGCCUACCUCAGCACAACGGGAGAGUAUCGCGGCCUCAGAGGCGCCACGCUACACAUCAGCCCCGACAGCUGUCUCUACCACACACAACAGCCCAAGUGGUGAGUCACAGUCACUAACACUCGAGUGUAGCCUGUCAGGCUCCCGCAAGCGGCCUACCUCAGCACAACGGGAGAGUAUCGCGGCCUCAGAGGCGCCACGCUACACAUCAGCCCCGACAGCUGUCUCUACCACACACAACAGCCCAAGUGGUGAGUCACAGUCACUAACACUCGAGUGUAGCCUGUCAGGCUCCCGCAAGCGGCCUACCUCAGCACAACGGGAGAGUAUCGCGGCCUCAGAGGCGCCACGCUACACAUCAGCCCCGACAGCUGUCUCUACCACACACAACAGCCCAAGUGGUGAGUCACAGUCACUAACACUCGAGUGUAGCCUGUCAGGCUCCCGCAAGCGGCCUACCUCAGCACAACGGGAGAGUAUCGCGGCCUCAGAGGCGCCACGCUACACAUCAGCCCCGACAGCUGUCUCUACCACACACAACAGCCCAAGUGGGUGGUAUUCGCCAGCGUCCAAAGCGCCGGCGACAAGACGUUCAUGCGUGAACUGACGGUGACCCAGGAGGCGUGGCUGCUCGAGGUGGCGCCGCACUACUACC